GUCGCCGUGAGAACAUGGAUAGGCACCUUGUUUGUUUGUAACGUGGUCGACAGGUGAAAGUAGAUAUUCUUUUAUACGUAAUCCAAGUUUACUCCACGUGUGUGUGGUUUAUUUACAUUUGUUGUGUAAGUGGUAAUUGGAAUGGAAGCUGUUUAAAGGCAUCUGAUAAAGUUGUUUAUUGUCGCAUGAAGGACAGAAGGUUGUGUAGGUGAGAUUAGUUGGGAGGAAGCAUUGUGGUGAUUUCAGAUUUUGAUAGUUAAAGGAGAGGUAGAAUGUGACCUUUGUGUCUGUGGACGAAUCAUUCGGCACACUAAAAACGGAUAGUUGUCAGGUUCUCACAGCGAUUGAGAAUGAGGACUGGCUGUCUUCUGGGUUGUAGCGCCUUGUAGAUGUUUACCGACGUGUCAGCCCAGAAGACGGCCUUUAAAAGAAACCGGACAAUUCUUGCUCGCCAGUAUCACCAUGCCAGACUUUCCACACUCGACCUCCUUACUUGUGACUCGUUAUCAAGAAAUUAACAUAAAGAACCAUGCCAGUGUAACCUUGGUGAAUAGCCAAUGUGACAUGAGGGAACAGCAAUUACGUGAUCGGUCGGAAACUCGCUUCAAGCCCAUAAAUCAACACGCCGUUUCAAAGCUCCGAUAUGUGACCAGCUACGUGGCAGUGGUGCUGCGGUUGUUGCUGCCCGUGUGUCUUGCCAUGUAUUACGCAUGGCUGCGUAACCAGAGGACCGUCGUGAACGGAGUACGCCAGCAGCUAGGACCUGCAGUGCUCGCCGUAAUCUCCCUGUCCUCGAUCUCAGGGUCUGUAUUCUUACCAUCUUCGAAAUUGGAUCCCAUCCUCCGGACAUUCAAGGUAAUAAAAUUCAGACCACGCCAGCUAGUUGAACAAUCUGAGAAUACGCAAAGAGCAGAUAAAGUGGACACUUCGGAGCCUGAGAGGUGUGUGAAUUGUGAAGUGCUGUACGACCCCAGCCCCGAGCAAAUCCGCGCAGACGUCAUCUUCAUCCACGGACUUCACGGGUCCCUGGACAAAACGUGGAAACAGGGGAACUGGGACGUGAGGAAGGUGAGGACUGUUCCCGUCCCCCGGAAAAACUCGCACGACGGGAAGACCUGCCGGUCUCGGUCAUCCCAGAACGGAAGCUUUGCGGAAGGGAAUGAGCGACGCGUGGAUCUGUCGGGAGACAGGGUAAAUAACGAGAGGGAGCCAUACUCCACAUGUUGGCCACGUGACUGGUUGCCACAGGACUGUCCCGGGGUGCGGAUCAUUACCCUCAGCUACACAACAGAUCCUUACUUGUGGAGACCGCUUUGGAUGACCAAACGUAACAGGACUUGUAUGGUGGAGCGGAGUCGUGAGAUGAUGGAUCACUUGAUGAAGAUAGGUGUGGGCAAGAAUCCCAUCAUCUGGGUAGGGCAUUCUAAAGGUGGUCUCUUUGUUAAGCAAAUGAUUGUUGAUGCAUUUGAGAGUGGAGAUGACAAUCUUACUGGAUUUUAUUACAACACACGUGGCAUCAUGUUCUACAGUGUGCCUCAUCGUGGAUCACCAUGUGCGGACUUCAACCUGCCACUGUUGAGACAAUCAGUGGAGCUAACAGAAGUACAAAAAAAUUGCCGUGAGGUACUAGAACUUCAUACAAAGUUUCUGUCACUCAUUGAUAAGAAGCUGCUGCAAGUUGAGAUCUUUAGUUUUAUUGAAACUGUUCAAACAUUCAUGGCCUUUCUUUACAUUCAGAUUGUGUCCAUUGAAUCUGCAGAUCUUGGGAUUGGUGAGCUAUGUGGUGCUCCAUUGGAUCACAGAAACAUUUGCAAGCCUUCAAGCAGACAGUGCUUCCUGUAUAGAGAGCUUGCCAAUCUCAUCAACAGAACUGUUUGACAGAUUUUCACUACUUAGGACAUUCCAUCUACUCACUACUCACAGAAGUAAACUAGGACUUGUUUCUUCUAACCCUAUAUUGUUUCACUAUCCUUGUUUUGACGUAAA